AUGAUAAGCUAUAACAUAAUCGUUGGGGACACUGCAACAAAGGUCUUGAUUCGGUUGUUUUCUCUGCCACACGACUCUGUAUUUGCCCAACGGUACUUUGUCAUAGCAAUGGCCACAAUUUUUAUCACGACCCCUUUGUGCAUGCUAAGGAAUGUAGCAAGACUAGCCAAAGCGUCUAUUGUGUCGUUCAUCAUGGUUUUGGUUAUCUUUGUGACCAUAGUCAUCAGAUACGAAUCUUUACACGACGUUAUGUCCACAGUAACCGAAGUUGGUAACAUAAACACAUGGGAUUUUGCUCGGCCUGGUGCGAUUCAAGCUAUUGGAAUAAUGUCAUUCGGUUUUAUGUGUCAUCACAAUGUGUUUUUGUUGUACGAUUCAAUCGAAGGAGCAAGUCAAACAAUUUGGAACUGUGUAACACACGUCGCGGUCACAAUAUCGUUCUUGCUAAUGGUCGCAUUUGGACUAGUUGGAUAUGCUACAUUUGGUGAUCUCACUCAAGGUGAUUUGUUGGAAAACUAUUGUUGGAACGAUGAUUUAAUCAAUAUAUCAAGGUUGUUGUUUUCAUUGACAACGUUGCUCACAUUCCCAUUGGAAUGUAUGGUUACUAAAGCUGUUGUCGAUCAGACGCUUAGGGGUGGUACCGAUCCUGUUCCGAUGUCAAAAAAGAGACACGCGAUCAUUACGGUUUCUAUUCUUGUGGCAACCUACUUUGUUUCCAUAUCCACCAAAUGUCUUGGAAUAGCCUUAGAAAUAAACGGAGUUGUGGCCGCAAUUCCACUGGCAUUUGUUUUACCAGCAGCAAUUUAUAUUAAAAUCUCCAAUGAUUCAUGGAAAGAAAAGAUUCCUGCGUAUUGCUUGGCUCUGUUUGGCACAAUAGUAGCUGCAUCUGGAAUAUCAUUAGUCGUGUACGAGAUUUUGACUUUUACUGCGGAUUCUUGUGAAAAUGAUAGGAUAAUGGAUCACUGUAACAUUAACGACACAUACCUCCCAACUGGUGACAUUAUCCAGUUACCAUUGAACUAA